GAAAUGGAGGGCUUUAACUGCAUGACCAGCUACACAUAAUAGCCAUAGAAUCUAUCCCACUGUUACUUACAAGUACUGCAUUAAAGACUAGUUGGGACCCUCUCAGGAGAAAUUAGCAGUGACAAUUUCUUGUUUUUGCAAUUUAUGCUCAAGAUGCAUUUACUUCGAUUUAAGCAGCCUCCUUCCUACUCUCGUGCCAGUCUAAAAUUGGAUAAUGGGUUUCCUGCUUAACAGCAGCAGACAUUGUUCUCCCUCUCCUGAAGUGGUUGACUGGGUUUCUUCACGUUCAGCUGUCACCCUCCACCAGCUGAGGGAGCAAGAGGCCUCUGCAUGGGAGGCUACAGCCCCACCUCCUCCUGGGGCUUCUGUAGGGACAUCUCCGUUUUCACAGUAGGAUGAGUACCUGUCUUAGUAGCAGCAGUUCAGUUACCUUGAAGUUUUACUUUGUCCAAAUAGUAAAGAGCUUCAUCAAGAGCUUGUAUUUUAAUGAGAUACUUAAAAUAUUUAAUUUUUAAAGUAUUGUAAUGGUACAAAUUAAAAAAAAAUAUUUGGGAAUCUAUAAGGCAAAUGGAUUCUCUAUUAUUUUUGCUUAGUCCAUUCGCCUACUGAAAUUUGGGGCUUUUCUAAGACAUACGUAAAUAUCGCAGUGUAGAUAUAGCUUCUCUCUCUUCCCCUCUCCCUCUUUUUAACACACACACGCAAGCACACUCACCCCCCACACACACGCACACACAUACAUCAAGGGAAUGCCAUAUGUUCCAAGUGAGACCUACUUGAAAAAAAAAAAAAGUGCUGAACAUAUCACUCAGGAUCACUGUGAGAGGACAGUCGUCAGUUUUCUCUCUGGCAAUGAGAAUUUUCUCACCCUCAAGACAUGCAAAUGACUUUUCUCAUCUGUUCUUUUUAUGUUAUUUGCAUAAUUUUCUCCUGCGAAAGUGAGAGCUGUCAAAAAUUAACCAUUUGGGGCUUUGGGAUCCAGUUAUGUGACCUUUUCCAGAGAAUCGGAUUUCUUGAGGGAAGUAGGAACUGGAUGUGGACGUGCUGAGGUGGUGGUCAGUGGCUGAAAGGGCGGAUGAUGGAUGGGGGCCAGCAGACAGCGAGGAGCUGCACAUAACAGGGAAAAGGAGCACAGGAUGCAGCUCCUUGGAGGGUGCUGACUGAAAACUUCGCUCUCCCCACCCCAUUCACGGUUGAUUUGACGGAUUUCUCACCUCGUUCACAGAGAAAAUUUCAAUUAAGGUCCCUUUAGAUGGAAUAUAAUACAGCAGAAGCCUUUUCAUCAAAAGGAUUAAUGCCUGCAUUAUCAUUUCUGCAAUAAAAUAAGAAGUUAAGCAGUAGAGGCCACAGACCCCUCAAACCUGGAUUCCACAAUUCUACGUUAAGUGUUGGAGUUUUUAAUUACUCUGCUGUAGGAAAGCCUUUGCCAAUGCUUACAAGGAACUGUUUAUCCCUGCUUCUCUGGGUUCUGUUUGAUGGAGGUCUCCUAACACCACUACAGCCACAGCCACAGCAGACUUUAGCCACGGAGCCAAGAGAAAAUGUCAUCCAUCUGCCAGGACAACGGCCACAUUUCCAACGAGUUAAACGUGGCUGGGUAUGGAAUCAAUUUUUUGUGCUGGAAGAAUACAUGGGCUCCGAGCCUCAGUAUGUGGGAAAGCUCCAUUCCGACUUAGACAAGGGAGAGGGCACUGUUAAAUACACCCUCUCAGGAGAUGGCGCUGGCACCGUUUUUACCAUUGAUGAAACCACAGGGGACAUACAUGCCAUAAGGAGCCUAGAUAGAGAAGAAAAACCUUUCUACACUCUUCGUGCUCAGGCUGUGGAUAUAGAAACCAGAAAGCCCCUGGAGCCUGAAUCAGAAUUCAUCAUCAAAGUACAGGAUAUUAAUGAUAAUGAGCCAAAGUUUUUGGAUGGACCUUAUGUUGCUACUGUUCCAGAAAUGUCUCCUGUAGGCGCAUAUGUACUCCAGGUCAAAGCCACAGAUGCAGAUGACCCGACCUAUGGAAACAGUGCCAGAGUCGUUUACAGCAUUCUUCAGGGACAACCUUAUUUCUCCAUUGAUCCCAAGACAGGUGUUAUUAGAACAGCUUUGCCAAACAUGGACAGAGAAGUCAAAGAACAAUACCAAGUACUCAUCCAGGCCAAGGAUAUGGGAGGCCAGCUUGGAGGAUUAGCCGGAACAACGAUAGUCAACAUCACCCUCACUGAUGUCAAUGACAAUCCGCCUCGAUUCCCCAAAAGCAUCUUCCAUCUGAAAGUUCCUGAGUCUUCUCCUAUUGGCUCAGCUAUUGGAAGAAUAAGAGCUGUGGAUCCUGAUUUUGGACAAAAUGCAGAAAUUGAAUACAAUAUUGUUCCAGGAGACGGGGGAAACUUGUUUGACAUUGUUACCGAUGAGGAAACACAAGAAGGAGUCAUCAAAUUGAAAAAGCCUUUAGAUUUUGAAACAAAGAAGGCAUACACUUUCAAAGUUGAGGCUUCCAACCUUCACCUUGACCACCGGUUUCAUUCGGCGGGGCCUUUUAAAGACACGGCUACGGUGAAGAUCAGCGUGCUGGACGUCGAUGAGCCGCCGGUUUUCAGCAAGCCGCUCUACACCAUGGAGGUGUACGAAGACACUCCGGUAGGGACGAUCAUUGGAGCUGUCACUGCUCAGGACCUGGAUGUAGGCAGCAGUGCUGUUAGGUACUUCAUAGAUUGGAAGAGUGAUGGGGACAGCUACUUCACAAUAGAUGGAAAUGAAGGAACCAUCGCCACUAAUGAAUUACUAGACAGAGAAAACACUGCACAGUAUAAUUUCUCCAUAAUUGCGAGUAAAGUUAGUAACCCUUUAUUAACCAGCAAAGUCAAUAUACUGAUUAAUGUCUUAGAUGUCAAUGAAUUUCCUCCAGAAAUAUCUGUGCCAUAUGAGACAGCUGUGUGUGAAAAUGCCAAGCCAGGACAGAUAAUUCAGAUAGUCAGUGCUGCAGACCGAGAUCUUUCACCUGCUGGACAGCACUUCUCCUUUAGAUUAGCACCUGAGGCUGCCAUCAAGCCAAAUUUUACAGUUCGUGACUUUAGAAACAAUACAGCUGGAAUUGAAGCUCGAAGAAAUGGAUACAGUCGCAGGCAGCAAGAGUUGUAUUUCCUCCCUGUUAUAAUAGAAGACAGCAGCUACCCUGUCCAGAGCAGCACAAACACAAUGACUAUUCGAGUUUGUAGAUGUGACUCUGAUGGUACCAUCCUGUCUUGUAAUGUGGAAGCAAUUUUUCUACCUGUAGGACUUAGCACUGGGGCGUUGAUUGCAAUUCUACUAUGCAUUAUUAUACUCUUAGCCAUAGUUGUACUGUAUGUAGCACUGCGAAGGCAGAAGAAGAAAGACACCCUGAUGACCUCCAAGGAAGACAUCAGAGACAACGUCAUCCAUUAUGAUGAUGAAGGAGGUGGGGAGGAGGAUACCCAGGCAUUCGACAUCGGGGCUCUGAGAAACCCAAAAGUGAUUGAGGAAAACAAAAUUCGCAGGGAUAUAAAACCAGACUCUCUCUGUUUACCUCGUCAGAGACCACCAGUGGAAGAUAACACAGACAUAAGGGAUUUCAUUCAUCAAAGGCUGCAGGAAAAUGACAUGGACCCAACUGCCCCACCAUACGAUUCACUGGCCACAUAUGCCUACGAAGGGAGUGGGUCCGUGGCAGAGUCCCUCAGCUCUAUAGACUCUCUCACCACAGAAGCCGACCAGGACUACGAUUACCUGACAGACUGGGGACCCCGCUUUAAAGUCUUGGCAGACAUGUUUGGCGAAGAAGAGAGUUAUAACUCUGAUAAAGUCACUUAGGGGAGUCGUGAAGGCUGAAAUACAGCCGAGAGGGGAAAUUUUUAAAAAAGAAAAAGAAACACAUAUUAAUAGAAACCACACACACACACACACACACACACACACACACACACACACACAAACACAGACUUUCUAGGACAAGGUUCCUUUGAUUAUCCGGUUUCUAGCAAGUUGCUAUAUUAAUCAUAUUGUCAGUUCUGGUUUAUUCUGCCAACACGAGAUACAUCCUAUAAUGUGCACUUGCUUUGUUUUCUUGCUUUGUUUUUUUCACAAUCACACUGAGACAAGCUCAGGCCUAUUCAAUACAAUUUACUGACAUGACAACCUAGAACGAAGUUAGCUAUGUGGCAUCACGGUGGAAGAGUGUUAGAUUUUUCUUAAUUCCACUAAAGUGCCUAUUGAAACUCUUAUCAUUUAAAGUGGUGUACAGUACACUCUGCUGUGAUGGCAUUGCAGGAUUCAGAGAUAAAGAGGACAUAAAACAAAGAUACUGUCUUUAUGUCAAGAAGCAAUAGCGACACUCUGGCUCUCCUCAUUCUUUUGAGAACAAAUGAAGAACACUUUCUAAUCUCCACCUUCUUAUAAUUCAAAAGGUUUUCUUUUUCUUUUUUAAACUGUAUGGCAAAACAUAUUUGUUUUUCCGACCCUUUCAGAAAAUAUGAAAAUAUCAAGGUCAAUAUAUAAGUCCUGUAUUCUAGAAACGAUGUUUGAUCUUAACAUUAGUUCACAUUAAAGCUGUUCAUUAAAAUGUUACUUUCUUUUCCAAAAAAAUUAAAUAAAAAAAAGAAAAGAAAAAUAUAUUCCUCUUUCUAAAGAGAGGCCUCAGGGCUCAAAUUACACAUUAAAAUAAAUAUUGGUUUGUUUAAUAUUGUACUGGUGUGUGGAAAAUUGGUUUUAACGGUAACCAGAUUCAGCUUUUAGUCAUAGAAAUAAUUUCAGGCUGUGUUUCUAUGAAAAUUCCUAGGAAAAAAAGUGCCAUUCAUUUAAGCAUGGAAAGAGAAAUUCAUUACACAGUUUCUCAAAGUUUCUUAUGAUCUAGUGAUUCUUUGAUGAGCAGUGAAAAUAAAAUACAUAUCAAAUAAUAGAGGAUGGAUUUAUAAGAUGUCUAAAAAUAUUUGUUAUACGUUACUGAAAAAAUAAAAAGUCAAGGAUUAAAAAAGUUCAAACCAAUGACUAAAUCCUAUAAUGAAUGCAAAUGCAAUCCCAGGCAGCUGAUAUACUUACUUUGCUAACAUAGACUUCACCUUUGUGAACACCAUUAUUGUGCUGGAGCUCAUAGCUACCUCUUAGUUCUCUCUUCUACAAAAAUCUUCAUUUAAAUUCUCCCCUACAAAUUCCCUGAAAAGAACUUUCUAAUUGGAUGCAAAUUUCUAAGUCAUAUUAGAUUUUGUAACACAUUAGUAAACUAUACUCACAUACAUUGCUUUCAAGUGGAUUGCACACUAGCUAGAAAAACAUAAAAAGAGGCAAUAUAAUUAUAAAAUAUAUUUUAUAUAAAUACGAUAACUAUGUAAGUGACUUCUGAAAUAUUCACACUAUAUAUAAGUUAAAAAAGUUGCUUAUGGGUGCAUCCUGAAGAUGUGGUCAAUAUCUAGCUGGGUUUAUGAAAUAUUCAUAAAUACAUUUAAUAUUUGCAAAGUUUUGAAGUUAAAAAUUCACACAUGGGAAAAACAGACAGAAAUACAGAUAACACAAGAAAAUCAUAUUCACCCUUAUCCAUUUAUAAAUGCAUCCUUUAAAAUCAUCUGACUACUCAUUAUGCUGCAGCAAUGGGGCCAUUUGAAUCUCCAUUCCCCAUUUCUUUGUUGGUAUCUCCAAAUUGCAUAUUCUCAUUUUCUUCCUCUCAGGAAUGGCUGUUGAUCUUGUUUUGUUCCAUCCCAUCCCAAUUUUGCCUUGUCUAAUCCUUAAGAACUGCAUUACAAUAUUGACGUAGUGUGAUAAUUUACAGUAUGUUUGGGAAAGUAUUUGUAUAACAUGUUUUAAAAGAUGAGGAUGCCAUAACCAUCCUGUAGAUAAAGAUUAGGACAAAUUUUGGGUUUGCCUUAGCAACAUGAUUUGCUAAGGAGUGAUGCAUGACUCUUGAAGAAGGUUAUUGCGCAAGAUUACUUCCGGUAGACCAGAUGAUUCUCAUCAGGAAUUGCUGCAUUUUGCAUUUUGCUAGGGAAUAUAACUGCCUCUGCAUGUAGUCAUUUAGCAGGAGCAAUGGUAGCAUGGAGAAAACUUGGGAGGGACUGGUCAUUUCAAACCUCAUGGCUGAGACGCUAAACAAAAAUAUGAAAUAGAUUUUAUUUGCACUAAACUAUUAAAUGCUUUUUAUUACGUCAAGCUUUUAUUUUUGCCACACCCCUGCAUUCGUUUGCUAGGUCUGCCAUAACAAAAUACCACGUACUGAGCGACUUAACAGAAAUGUAUUUCCUCACAGUCCUGGAGGCAAACCAUCCAAGACCAAGGUCCUGGCAGAGUUGAUUUUUCCUGGGAGUCCCUCCUUGGCUUACUUACCAAGGGCCAUCUUCUCUGUGUCUUCACAGGGUAGUUCCUCUGUGCUUACUCAUGUCCUAUUUCUCUUCUUAGACACCAGUCAUACUGCAUACACCCACCUAAAAGAGCUCUUUUUAUCUCAAUUACCUCUUUAAAGGCUCUAUCUCCAAAUAUAAUCAUACUGUGAGGUACUGGGGCAUAGGAUUAUAACAUAUGAUUAUAACAAUUCAUCCCAUAUCAACUACACAGAUGUUCAUCAAAUUUUCUUUUUCAAAACUGGCUUGGUUUAAAACACACAAAAAAAGCCAAAUCCAUGUAAAAAAAAAUUUGAAUAGAAAUCAUUUCAGAAACAAUGAGGCACCAGAGGAGAGAUAUGGGGGAAAGAGUUCUUUGGUGCUCAUAUAUUUAAGUAUUAUGGGAUAUCUUAUAGGCUAUGACAUCACACUAGGCCUAAUAUUUCAAUACUUAUAACAUGUUAAGUUCUGCUUUAUUUAUAAUACAAUUAUUGGCCUUCAUUUAGGCAUUAAGCAAUAUAAAAUGUUUAGAAUUUAUAUAGGAAAUUUUGGCUGUUAGUAAUAAUGAAACCAUAAUUUUGUUAUUGCCUUGAAUAUUUACUUUUAUAGAAGUGUAUAUGUACGUAUUAUAUGUAACAUAUGUAUGUUACUUAGACAUAUUUUUUAAUGUUACAUUUAAUUGUAUUCAAUGAAGUAUUAGAUCAA